UGUGUGAUGGGGGAAAGAGGAAUGACUUGUUUGGAACCAUCUUCCAGGCAAUGGACAAUGGACAAGCCCCUCUCUAAAAUGUAACUAAUGGUAAUUGAAAAUUCUCCAACCAAACCUCCAUAAUGCAAAAAUAAUAGACCAAAUUAGUUAUGCUACCCAACUAGAUUUUCUCCUCUCUAAUGUUUACUGCCUUUCUUUAUGAACCAAACAGACAGGAAUUGAAGAACAAUGUGAAGGAUAAUUGUAAUAAUUCCAAUUAUUUGCAUCUAUAAUCUUUAACUGUAACAUGUCUAUUCCAUUAUGAAAAGCCACCCAAAAAAGUCGCAAUUUUUUUAGAUUUCAGUGAAAGAUCUGUUUAACACUGCAAAUUCAAGUCAGUCCACCAACGAAGAGAGGGAGAGAGAGGGGGAGAGAGAGAGAGAGAGACAGACAGACGGCGAGGGGGAGAAAUGGGAAGUGAAGCAAAGCUAUGGCGAAACUCUGAAGUGCCAAAGCUUCCAUUGCUUGCAGUUGCAGCAAUGGAGUCUCCAGAUCGCUCUGGAAUGCUAACCCCACCAAUCCACACCUCAGUGUCAGUCCCAUUUCGAUGGGAAGAGGAGCCUGGCAAACCCAGGUUCUGUUUCAGAACCCCCAACAGUUCUUCAGCCACUCAAACAAAGUGCCUUGAACUUCCACCAAGAUUGUUGCUAUUGGAUCCCAAAAUCUCAAAACUCCCUCCUCCCAUCCCUGCACACAAGGGUAUUUUUCAGCUUCCCAAGCAGAGUUGUGGGUCAUUCAGAUAUGAUAAAAGUCAGCUUGGAGCCAUGGUUCUGAGAAAGAGGGGAGUGCUCAUAGAGAAGGAGUGGUUUUGUUGGUUGGGAAAAUUGAGUUUUGGGCGCAAAGGGGAAGUUGGGUCUGCCUGUGGAAGUGUAUUUCCUUCUUCUUUAGAGAAGGAGAAUGAAGAUGGAGUUGUUGCAGAGAGAAGCAGUUCAGGGAUGAAGGUUGCAGAGACCCAGAAAGAAGGGAGCUUUUCUUCUUGUCUUGUCAAAGCCAAGACUGAGUUUUGGGGAAGCAUAGGCGAGGGGCUGAAACAGAUCAACGUUCCAUGGAAGAGCAAAAAAGCUUAAGAAAGAGCAUCGGUAAUCAUCAGAAUGUUUAGCUCGUUGGUCAUAUGAAGGACUGAUGGUUUAAUUAAUGGCUGAGAUCUUACAUACUUGACAUUCUUGUACAGAAAUAAUGUUAAGACUUUUAUGCGUUGAAUGAUCAUUUGUUUUCGACAAUUUUCAAGAAAUGGAAAACAUCAGAGUAACACUGAUUUGGAU